AUGAUGGAAUAUGAGGACGUUUUAACUAAUCAGCCUGUUGUCAUCGACAAUGGGUCAGGUGUCAUUAAAGCCGGGUUUGCUGGUGAUGACCAACCAAAAUGUUUUUUUCCCUCUUACGUUGGACGACCUAAACACGUUCGUAUCAUGGCCGGUGCGGUUGAAGGUGAUCUCUUUAUUGGGC